CGCGGGAUGCUGUGCAGAAGCAGCUCGUGCUCCAUCCUCCUCAUCCUCCUCCUCUUCCUCCUCCUCCUGCCGGUGCAGCUGAAGCCAACAUGUCCAACUCAGAGCGGGUGGUCCUGGUUCUGGGGGGCGCGGGGACCGUGGGCUCCGGAGUGGUCAAAGCUCUGCUGGAAAAAGGUUUUAAAGUGGCUGUGAUCUCUAGAGACGGAAACCGAUUGGACAAACUCAAAUCAUUUGUGUCUCCAAACACCAGAGAUAAUCUGACAACUCUAGUAGGAAACGUAGGGUCAGAGGAGGGGGCGGAACAGGUGAAGGAGGCCCUGCUGAAGACCACGGGGAAGGUGACUGAUGUGGUUUCCUCUCUGGGUUUCAGCUGGUGGCAGGGAGGACCGCCUCACACCCAGACCGUCAAAGACCUCCACUGGGUCAUGGAGACGUUACUCUACAGUACAUUUGUGUCGUGGAAGGCCUUCUUUCCUCUGGUGAAGGACAACACUGACUACACCUACACCUUCAUCACUGGGGGAGCAGGUGAGAAACUGCUGAUGCCCGGUACCGGUUUCCUGACAGUGGGCGCUGCCAGUGCUCUGGCCUUCUGCCAGGUGCUACGAGAGGAAUACCCCGAGGUGGUCUGCAAAAUGAACCAGGUAAAUAUCGACACAGGCGUGGCCACUCCAGACCGAAUGGCGCCAGGGUACCUGAACCACUUGGACCUGGGCGAGGCCAUCGCCGCCCUGGUGGAGAGACGAAGCACCUCCCACACCGUCUACACUGUCAAGUGCCCAGAAGACUUAAAAACGGUCCUUCUGGACCAGAACCUCUAGGUCUGGACUCUUGUCCUGCAACACACCAUGUGCAUGGUGUGUUUGUUUUAUUCACCU